UAGUAAGAUCUCCUAUGAGCCCAUCGUUCGGGACGUCUUUAAGGACGUUCACAUACAGACGAAGCAUUGAUACCACAUAUUAAGGACAUCUAGGCUAUGUGUAGCCUACAAUGCUGCAAAUCAAUGAGACCGAAGGAUCAGUUAUGUAAUUUAAAGAUAUAAAAACAAUAACAGCACUAUACAUUACGACACCAUCAAGCGGUGUACAGUUUGCAGAAUCUACCCGAAAUCGUUCAGCCCGUAGCUAUAUUAUAGGGAAAUCUUUAUGUUGUCCUAUUUUACCUUGUAGCGAAGAUUCUACGGGGAUUGACGCUGCAGACUUCGCGUGGGACGUUUCUAUUUGAUCUCUGCGGGUUAUUCUCCCCUCCAAAGACCACGGAUUACUUCUGUUCGCGGAUAAAUGGAUAUGGAAUAAUAAUAAUAAAACCCGUCGACGAGAUGACCAUGCUUUGAACCGCGGUGCUGCAUAAACUAUAACUUGUCUGGGGGGGUUGGCAGUUUCGCUUCGAAAUGGAUGAGUUUCAUCCGUUCAUCGAGGCCCUUCUGCCGCAUGUGCGUGCCUUCGCCUACACCUGGUUCAACCUGCAGGCGCGCAAACGCAAGUACUUCAAGAAGCACGAGAAAAGGAUGACUAAGGACGAAGAGCGGGCAGUGAAGGACGAGCUGCUGGGAGAGAAGCCCGAGGUCAAGCAGAAGUGGGCGUCGCGUCUGCUGGCCAAACUGCGCAAGGACAUCCGGCCUGAGUGCCGCGAGGACUUUGUGCUGUCCAUCACAGGGAAGAAGCCCCCCUGCUGCGUCCUCUCUAACCCUGACCAGAAGGGCAAGAUGAGGAGGAUCGACUGCCUGCGUCAGGCCGACAAGGUAUGGAGGCUGGACCUGGUCAUGGUCAUCCUGUUCAAGGGCAUCCCGCUGGAGAGCACGGACGGAGAGCGCCUGGUCAAGGCUGGGCCGUGCAACAACCCCAUCCUCUGUGUCCAGCCACACCACAUCAGUGUCUCGGUCAAGGAGCUGGACCUCUACCUGGCCUACUUCGUACAGGAGAGAGAGUCAGAGCAGAGCAGUAGCCCACGCACAGGUAUUGGGUCAGAUCAGGAGGAUAGCCGAGCUGCUACCAUGGAUGCUCCUGAGUUUCAGGAAAGCUUUGUGACAUCAGGAGUGUUUAAUGUAGCAGAGCUGGUGCAAGUGUCCAGAACUCCGGUGGUGACCGGGGCAGGCCCUAACUUCUCCCUGGGGGAGCUGCAGGGGCACCUGGCCUACGACCUCAACCCCUCAGGGGUGGGCAUGAGGAGAACCCUGCCUAGUACCUCCUCCAGCGGGAGUAAGAGGCACAAGUCGGGCUCCAUGGAGGAUGAUGUGGACACCAGUCCUGGAGGGGAGUACUACACCUCUCCCAACUCCCCGGCUAGCAGCUCCCGCAACUGGCAGGAAGACCUGGAAGGAGGCAUGUCCCCUGGAGUAAAGAAGACAGAGAUGGACAGCCCGUCUCCCCAGGAGAGCUCCCCACGUCUCGGCUUCACACAGCACCACCGGCCCGUCAUCGCAGUGCACAGUGGGAUCUCUCGGAGUCCGCACCCUUCCUCAUCUUUGCACUUCCCCACCACCUCCAUCCUGCCCCAGUCCACCUCCUACUUCCCCCACACCGCCAUCCGCUACCCGCCACACCUCAGCUCCCAAGACCCGCUGAAGGACCUGGUCUCCCUGGCCUGUGACCCGUCCAACCAGCAGCCCAGCCCAGUGAGUCCAGCCCAUCUAACAACUCUAACUAGGGCCCCGAGUUUGUCCUGGUCAGGUCAUUUGCUGAAUGGCAGUGGUCAAGUGAAGUUGCCCAGUCACUACAUCUCCUCCCAGAUGCUGGCGCCCCCUCCGCCCCCCGGCAUGCCCCGUCUGACGCUGCCCUCCGACUCCAAGUCCAGCACCACCACCUCGGACGGGGGAGCCAACUCCCCCACGUCACCCAGUAAGUGGGCCGUUGCAUACUCAGCUCCAGGGACGCCCCCUGCCAACCGCCCCUUUGUAGGGAUUGGACCUCGAGACCCUGGCGGACUCUACCAGGCACAGUCCUGGUACCUGGGGAACUAAACAACACAAGGAUAAGUGGAAAGGGCAAGGACACGUGGAUUUGAGAUGCAACACUUUUUGUGGAAUUAAGAAAAAGAAAAAAAGAGAUGCAAGAGGGAAAAUGUAUAUAUAUGCAGUAUAUAUACAGUAUGUAUAUAUAUAUAAAUAUAUGUGUGCAUAUAUAUUUAUAUAUGUAUAUCAACAUAAAAUGUGCUUCACAACACCUUUUUGGAAAAUAAAGACAGAGGGGGAGAGAGAGAGGCCAAGGAGAGAAAGAGAAGAGGAUGUUUGGGCAGCCAAAAUGAACUGUGGGGCAGAGACAUGACCCCAGUACCCCCCCCCCCCCCCGCUACAGGUGCUGCUUCUUCAUAUAUGCAAAAUAAGUAUCCUUUAUUUUCUUAAUCAACAAGAAAGAGAAGAAUUCAGUUCCUGUGAUCAGACUUUUCCACACUUCUUCUGGGACGGUAAUUCUUUUUGAAAGUAGGGAGGGGAGGGGAGGGGAGGCUGGUUGCACAUGGUCAGUUACCUCCCUUUACCUGCAGAAACAAAAGUCUACUUUUCAUCAAAUUUGAUAGACAAUCAUGUAGUUACUUCAUUUAAAGGGGGGGGGGGUUCAAGAUUUCCUUUAACACAGUCCAUUUUUUUGGUCUUUUUUUUAUAAACACUGAGCUACAGUGGCUUGCGAAAGUAUUCACCCCCCUUGGCAUUUUUCCUAUUUUCUUGCCUUCCAACCUGGAAUUAAAAUGGAUUUUGGGGAGGUUUGUAUCAUUUGAUUUACACAACAUGGCUACCACUUUGAAGAUGCUAAAUAUUUUUUAUUGUGAAACACACAAGAAAUAAGGCAAAAAAACAGAAAACUUGAGCGUGCAUAACUAUUCACCCCCCCCAAAGUCAAUACUUUGUAGAGCCACCGUUUGCAGUAAUUACAGCUGCAAGCCUCUUGGGGUAUGUCUCUAUAAGUUUGGCACAUCAAGCCACUGGGAGUUUUGCCCAUUCUUCAAGGCAAAACUGCUCCAGCUCCUUCAAGUUGGAUGGGUUCCACUGGUAUACAGCAAUCUUUAAGUCAUACCACAGAUUUUCAACUGGAUUGAGGUCUGGGAUUUGACUAGGCCAUUCCAAGACAUUUAAAUGUUUCCCCUUAAACCCAUCAAGUGUUGCUUUAGCAGUAUGAUUAGGGUCAUUGUGCUGCUGGAAGGUGAACCUCCGUCCCAGUCUCAAAUUUCUGGAAGACUGAAACAGGUUUCCCUCAAGAAUAUCCCUGUAUUUAGCGUCAUCCAUCAUUCCUUCAAUUCUGACCAGUUUCCCAGUCCCUGCUGAUGAAAAACAUCCCCACAGCAUGAUGCUGCCACCACCAUGCUUCGCUGUGGGGAUGGUGUUCUCUGGGUGAUGAGAGGUGUUGGGUUUGUGCCAGACAUAGUGUUUUUCUUGAUGGCCAAAAAGCUACAUUUUAGUCUCAUCUGUCCAGAGUACCUUCUUCCAUAUGUUUGGGUAGUCUCCCACAUGCCUUUUGGCGAACACCAAACGUGUUUGCUUAUUUUUUUUUACUUUAAGCAAUGUUUUUUUUCUGGCCACUCUUCCGUAAAGCCCAGCUCUGUGGAUUGUAUGGCUUAAAGUGGUCCUAUGGACAGAUACUCUAAUCUCCGCUGUGGAACUUUGCAGCUCCUUCAGGGUCAUCUUUGGUCUCUUUGUUGCCUCUCUGAUUAAUGACCUCCUUGCCUGGUCUGUGAAUUUUGGGGUGCGGCCCUCUCUUGACAGGUUUGUUGAGGUGCCAUAUUCUUUCCAUGUUUUAAAUAAUGGAUUUAAUGGUGCUCCGUGGGAUGUUGAAAGUUUGGGAUAUGUUUUUAUAACCCAACCCUGAUCUGUACUUCUCCACAACUUUGUCCCUGACCUGUUUGGAGAGCUCCUUGGUCUUCAUAGUGCUGCUUGCUUGGUGGUGCCCCUUGUUUCAUAGCAAAGGGGGUGAAUACACAUGCACGCACCUCUUUUCUGUUUUUUUUUUUUUUCACUUCACCAAUUUGGACUAUUUUGUGUAUGUCCAUUACAUGAAAUCCAAAUAAAAAUCCAUCUAAAUUACAGGUUGUAAAUGCAACAAAAUAGGAAAAACGCCAAGGGGGAUGAAUACUUUUGCAAUGCACUGUAAGUAUCUUUUAUGAGGCAUGGAUCAGAAGGAUCAGGUUUUGGAGCAGUACAGAGCAUCGCGAAAGGACAGGUACUGUAACAGGUGUUUGUAAGUCUUCACAAUAACUGAGACACCCUUUUGUGCCUGUCAACUGUUGUGUAUUUGUGUUGACAUUUGUUUGUGUGUGUAUACAAUUCAAACAUAAUGAAACAACCUCUCCCUAUCCUUGCCCCACUCUUGAGAUAAUACUGCAUAAAGUUUGGAUUCAUGUAGAUAACUGGGGUUUAUUCUGCACAGUGACAAAGGAGAACAAAAAUAGUUUUGUCACUAUUGAGAAAGUAUUGGGUGUGGAGGGGAGAUGUUUUCUUUAUUUUUUUGUGUAUUCCGUUUAAAUUGCGUUGGACAUUACAGGCAUUGCACUACUAUAAUUAAUGCAUUUUUUCUUUUUUAGCAGCUAUCUUUUGGCCUAUUCAUAUUAAAAUGUUGCAAGUCAAAGGUAGUUUUAGGAUUAUGUUGUAGAAACUACUAUGUUGUGUUCUUUAGGUAGCAGGGUACAUGAGCUAUGAGUGUUUUCUGUCUUGAGCUAUCGAUUAGAACAAUCCAACCCUACUGUGUUUCAGAUAUUCUAUGCUCUAGUGGAAGUUUCCUUGUAUAUGUUGAGGUACAGGGAAUCCUGACAGGUUUAUGGCAUCACGACAUUUUGGAUCUCUCUCUACAUUCUGUGUAUCUACGUCACAUCUUUAUUCUUUUACUCAUGCUGUUUUUAUAUCAUCGAAAAACAAAAUGAAUUCAUGAUUGUCUUUUGUACAGCAGAUCACAGACUUUAGAUGAGUCGAUGAGAUCAUUAGAAGCGUGGCUGUGAAGUUAACCGUUGAUAGUGCCACCAUUGGCCCAAGACCUAAUGGUUUCUAUGCCAAUGGCUCUGCAUGUUUCCAUGUGUGCACAUGGCAGAAUUCUGGCUCAUUGAGAAGGAGCAACUGACUGGCCAGCAGUGUCCAUUACCAGUCUAUUUAGUAAGACCUAUCUUUAGAGGUUUUGUCCCUGGGUCUCAUUUGCUGAUGCAAUGCAAAGUUUGUGACAACAGACAUUGUUGCAGCAUAUGUUUGGAUGAAUGCAGAAUUCAUCUUUAUAAAUAGAAAACAACAUCAGGGCUUGAGACUCCUCAAUCAAACCCAAACCAUAUAUACAGCCAUGAAAAGUGCCUAAGACGUAGCACAAGUUCUUUUCUCCUUUCUUUGUAUUUUAGUUUUUGCUUGUAUGAAGUACUGCAAGCCUCAAUGACUUCUAGGCAGGCAACAGAAGUGGUGGGAGAGAGAGGUGUGAUGCACAGAGGGGGAGAAGGCAUGGAGAGCUCACAGCCCUAACCCGUCUCCAGCCAAAUGCACCUUUCUGAGCACAUUGAUGGUUAGCUGGGGACAAGCCAAGAAAAGACACAACAUAAAACCCUGCUAUCAGCAAUGACAUCAUGAAACCAACAUAUCAAAGCACUAUAUAUAUAUAUAUAUAGAGAGAGAGAGAGAGAGAGAGAGAGUAUAGCCCAGAAAACCAACUGUUUGUAUAGUUCAGAUAUGGCUCAUUUAAAGCAGAAACACUUCUAGGGAAUAAUGUCAUAAAUACUGGUUUCAAAAAGCUAACCUUUAAAUACGGCUUUGCAAUGGUGUUCCAAUUCACAUCUGUUAUCUAUAUACAGAAUACCUACAAUGACUUGUUUAAAAGGUGCUGAUAUGAAAUGACACUGAUAUAUAUUCAUGCAUGGUGCUUUCAAAAGAAAAUCAUCAGAUUCUAGCUCUAUUGACCACCAUGAUGCUGACAUGGGUGCAUGGCAGAAACUCUUACUCCCCUUCUGAAGCUUCCCCUCCCCCACAAGCCCCUCCCCCACAAGCCCCUCCCCCCAAGCUCCUCCUCCCUCUAAUCUAUGGAACAGAGAGUAAAUAAUACUGAUGGGUUCUUACCUUUUUACCUAUUUGUUUGGAUUUUUUAUUCCCUAUUGUUAACUUCUAUUUUGCACGAUAUUUUAUAUAACACAUUAUGUGCCUUGCCUUUAGUUAAGAACAAUAAUACAUGAUAAAAAUAAUGUAAAUUCAUUUCUCUUUUUAGUAUAACCGGUAACGCUGCAAAAAAGACAAAAAACAUUGCUGCAUGUUUGAUUGCUUGUCAUUAUCCAGUUUAGAUUAAUACAAUAGUAGAUUAAAGUAGUGACAGAUUGGAUUGUCUUUUCACCCUUUUCCCUUUUGUGGGUAUUAUAGACUAGUAUUAUAGACUAGUAUUAUAGACUAGUAUUAUAGACUAGUAUUUGUCUUUCCAUCACAUGGAACCCUUGCUGCAUUUGAAUCAUGUUCAUUUCUUUGUUUUAUUAACUAUUGUGGCUUUCCCCUCUCAUUAUGUCUUCCAGCUUGGUGUAAUACAGUAUGUGAAAUAUGCAAUUCUUGUUUCCUCUGCUCAGCAUUUGCUGAAGAUGUAUUUUGCCCCCUUUUUAAAGCUCUUCAAUGAUAAAGAAUGUGUGGCAAGAAUGAGUGAAAAUGUGCAAUUACUCCAAUUCAAGGAGGGGCAACUUUUCUCCAUGCGAGCAAACACAGCUGAUUAAACAAAAAGUAUUUUAAUCUGAAGAUCAUGAUUAGUUGAUUAUUGGAGUCAGAGGACUGGAGUUGCUCAUCCCAGCUCCAAUUCAAUAUGUUGAUUUUUGCCUUAUUUGAUUUGGUUGAUUGACUCUGCAACUGGAGGUCAGGGCUAGAGAGGGUAGAGAGCUGUGAAGGUUGUGUUGUAGGUGACCAGUGAUCAGGCUCCUAGCAUGGAAUAGAGAUGUAAAGCACUGAGCUGGGCUCACAGUUCCUCCAGCACCAUGGCUACUUCUGCCCCUGCAGACAUUAUCUUUGGCACCAGAUGACCAGAGCUGAAUAUGGGGUACAUUUGUUCCCCCUAUUUUCUUACAGUACAUCCUAUGAAUCCCCUAUACGCAGAAAGGCAAAUCCAAGCACUUUAAUAUCUGUUCAAACGGGAACAUCACAAAAUAAUUAAUCUCUAUACAUAUAUUAAGCCAAGGGAAAUUACUAAUUUGGAAUUGUUUAAGGUUAAAGCUGAAGUUUCAGAGACAAAUUCUUUACAUGGAAUGCUAACUGUGUUAUUACGUAAUGUGUCAAUGUUGAGCAGUGCACAGUGCUUCACAUCUCUCUUUUUGUGUUUGUGUUUUAUGUAUGAGAGAAAGCGUGUGUGUGUGUUUGUGUGUGUGUGUGUGUGCGCGCGUGCGUGCGUGUAAAUGUUUGUGUGUGUGUGUGUGUUUGGCUAUGUAGCCUCACCUACCAUAGUACUUUGUCGGUUCUCAGAUUGCACAUCCAUAAAUCACCUGAUAGCAAAGAGAGAGAGACUAUUUGGUGUGUUCAAAAAUGCUAAUUUAGGAAGACUGAAAAUCAAAGGAGAGCAAAAAAAGGGUUAUUAAUGCACUACUAGAUAGAAUUGUCUGAAGGGAGUAGAAAUGUGUGACAAACUAGUGCUGUGAGAUGCAAUAAUAACAUGAAAAAUUCCCCUCCCCAAUUGUAUACCUUGAUCAGUAAUCUGUGACUUAGAUGAAUGUUUUUGCAUCUCACUGCAUUUCCAUGGGGUUAGGGGGUCAAAUUAUUUCACUGCGAAUAUGCACACUACCUGGAUUGGUUUGAAAUUAAAUUAUCAAAAUCAGUAAAAUAAAGUUUCAUAACACUGGCUACAAUCGAAUGUUAAGCUAUAUGUACCACGUGUAGAUUAUUAUUUAGAUGGUGAGUAAGUGCGUAGUUUCAUUUUGAGGUCCUCCACAUUUAGGUCCAUUGUGUGGAAUCUACAAAUCCACUUUAUGUUGUUUUGAAUAGUAGCCCUGUACUUCAGAAGUAUCAACUGACCGAGUCAGAAUCACAGUAUAGAGAAUGAAAACAACACAAAAUCUCUUCAUAGCUGACUUGCUGAUUUAAAAAUAUAUAUGUUUUACUGAAAGAUGCCAAGAUGCUUCAUUAGUUUUUUGUGUUUUUUUAAUUAGAGGGUAGAUGAUAAUUUAUCAUUUCUUACUACGUAGUGUAAUGGGAGUAUAUUGAACAAGAGAGGAUAUUGUGUAUUUUUUCAGCAGGGUCAGAAAAGGCCAUGUAAAAGUUUGUUAUGCAGUGUACAGUAUUGUUUCUGUAAUGGAUAUUGCAAUGCUGGUAGCUUUUAACAUUUUGCUGCAAGCAAUUGAGAAUUAAAGAAAAAUGUCAGAACAAGAGGUAUUGUUUACAUGCCCGUCUUAAGAUCUUGGUAAUGACGGUUUAUGUGUCCCGGUCCACAGUCCCAGGUUGAAGUGGAGUGCUGUAGCAAAGGCAUUCCAUCAAAUCCAUACGAUCCUCAAGCUCAACAAAAUGCUGCGAUCAUUCAGCAAGCAAUUUGAUAUUUGUUAAACAGGUCAUGUGUUGAGGCAAGAGUCUGCUCCUGAUCAAAGAAUGCCCACAUUAUGGCUUGUGUGUGACUAGUGUGUGUCCCUGGGGUCUUUCAUUCAUCCAAAAAGGAAAAGACCAACUGAUGUGUUAACCAUACACAACACCGUACAGUCAAUGAUCUAUAUGGAGCCCAAGGCCCAUAAUCAAGUCACAAUAUUCUCCUUCUAGUUUUCAGCACAAAGUCCAAUUACUGCUGUAGUAUCUGAGGGCUCCAAAGUGCUAAUGUUUGAUAGCUCUGAAGAAUUCUGAAGCUUACUGUAUGUCGACUUAUUAGGCAUUUCAAAAUACUACAUUUCUACGUUUUCAAUACAAUUAGUGGAAAUAGAUCAAUUAUCCUCUGUAAAGUUCCCCUCUGGUUCUAACUGUACAGUAGCAGCAGACGCUGGAGCCUCAUGACAUUUCCUGUGAAGAUUUGCACUGCUCCACACUCACCUCUCCAGUUCAGUUUACCCUCCAGCCUGGGUCUGACUGGGACACAUAGGGACAGGGUCUGACUGGGACACAUAGGGACAGGGGUCUGACUGGGACACAUAGGGACAGGGGUCUGACUGGGACACAUAGGGACAGGGGUCUGACUGGGACACAUAGGGCCAGGGGUCUGACUGGGACACAUAGGGACAGGGGUCUGACUGGGACACAUAGGGACAGGGGUCUGACUGGGACACAUAGGGACAGGGGUCUGACUGGGACACAUAGGGACAGGGGUCUGACUGGGACACAUAGGGACAGGGGUCUGACUGGGACACAUAGGGACAGGGGUCUGACUGGGACACAUAGGGACAGGGGUCUGACUGGGACACAUAGGGACAGGGGUCUGACUGGGACACAUAGGGACAGGGGUCUGACUGGGACACAUAGGGACAGGGGUCUGACUGGGACACAUAGGGCCAGGGGUCUGACUGGGACACAUAGGGACAGGGGUCUGACUGGGACACAUAGGGACAGGGGUCUGACUGGGACACAUAGGGACAGGGGUCUGACUGGGACACAUAGGGACAGGGGUCUGACUGGGACACAUAGGGACAGGGGUCUGACUGGGACACAUAGGGACAGGGGUCUGACUGGGACACAUAGGGACAGGGGUCUGACUGGGACACAUAGGGACAGGGUCUGACUGGGACACAUAGGGACAGGGGUCUGACUGGGACACAUAGGGCCAGGGGUCUGACUGGGACACAUAGGGACAGGGGUCUGACUGGGACACAUAGGGACAGGGGUCUGACUGGGACACAUAGGGACAGGGGUCUGACUGGGACACAUAGGGACAGGGGUCUGACUGGGACACAUAGGGACAGGGGUCUGACUGGGACACAUAGGGACAGGGUCUGACUGGGACACAUAGGGACAGGGGUCUGACUGGGACACAUAGGGACAGGGUCUGACUGGGACACAUAGGGCCAGGGGUCUGACUGGGACACAUAGGGACAGGGGUCUGACGCCACCAUCGUCUAGCCAGCACAGUGGUUCUACAAUAGGUGUUCAGCACACAGUCUUCUUAUUUCAUUUGCUUUUUGUAACUAAACACAGCUAUACAGUAUAUUGUUAUGACACCGACAGAGCAGGGUGCUAGAGCAGGGUGCUACCCCCCAACACUUUUUAAAGUGACCACAGGUGAUGGUUGAACUUACUCUGAAAGAUAUGCAUUCAAAUACUGACACAUUUAAAAUAUGAUCUUAUUUUAUUUCAAAACCCUCACUAAUGUUUUUGUAGUAAUUAUUGUGAUUAUUGUAGGAUUGUUACAUUUUGGACUCAUUAUCCUAUGUAUAAAUGCUUACAGUAUAUCAAUGAGAAUGAAAAAGACUAAAUGUAUAUAAAAAAAAACGUUUUUUCUGUAUUGUAUAAGAAAGUACAUGUUUAUGUUGUGUGUUUAAAUUUAGUUGUCUUAAGUUGUGGCCAAGCCACAAAAUAUAAUAAUUACUUCUUAAGGAUCUGCUAUGGUUGGUGUGAGCUCACCACCAAUUGCUGCAUGCCUUUUUAAAGAAGGUACCUGUAUUUGAUUUUAUCAAUCCUGAAACCUGGACAGUAAUUUCAGCAUCACUUGUUGUCAUUUUAAACAGAGACAAAAAUUCAGUAAGCCUCAAGGGGAUAUGCAAAUUCCAUUGCCAUUUCUUUUUGCUUUUUCCCCCCACAAUACAUCUAACAGUUCUGCAUUUCUGUUUUUGAACUGUUGUCGUGCUUCAGAGAACUCACAUACUUUCCUUCUAUUUGGACGAUUGCACUAGAUAAACUGGUAUUGACUAUUUUGUUUAAGGAAACUUUUAAAGAUGUACUUCUCUGGAAAUCUUUCUGAAGCUCAACCUUUGAUGUAUAGGAAUGCUGAUUGUGUGAGAGAGACGGAGCGAGAAAGUGAGAAAACAGCUGCUUGUAACAAGCUACGGAUAUUAUUCCCCGUGUGUCGCCCCUGUCGCCGUUUAUAGUUACAGAACUCGCUGAGUGCAUCACUUCAAAGUCCACCCAGGUGGUACAUUUUUGGUUUGUGGGAUUCAGCCUUGAAAAGUUAUUGGUUCAGUCCUAGACAAUCAACGUCAGGGCUGACAGUCGUAAUAGUUUUGCCGUAGUCCAUACAAGGUGUGGUCAGUGUGUUUGUGUGUGUUUCUGGUCAGGAACGGUGUGCAGAUGAAGCACAGUCCUCUGGUGGUGCAGGUGUGAAGCCCCACACUGCUCCGAGUGCCUUUCUUCUGGCAGUGAGGCGUUGUUGUGAAUGUUACUCUAGUUUUACUCAAGGAUGCACUGCUCUGCUCCACCCAGAGACUUGCUAUUGAUUGAUGUGAGGCGACAGGAGGUGUGUGUCGUAGCUCAUGCUGCAGCUGCAACAGGUAUGGGUCCAGAAUGACAAUAGAAGUCUUUACACAUGGUGCACCAUAACCUUGAAGAUUAGAAUAUGGAAAAAGUUAAUUUACUAUAUUGGCCUUUGAAUUUCCUUCACGUUUUUUUAACUGAUGUAAUUUAUCGUUAUGCAAUUGGUACAGUAUAAAGAUUAGAAUGAUGUAGUUUAUUGUGUUCUGUGCCGGAACUCUGAAUUCCCCUAUGCAAUGAAGGGCUGGUAUACCCUGUCAGGGUAAACACCUGGGAAUCUGAUACCUAUUAAUAUCGAUUCAUACGUUCGUAGUUACUCUUAGCAACAAUCACUAUCCAGACAGACUCUUAAGAUGAUUUAUUUACCUAAAAUUAGAAUUGGCACUGGAUUAAAAUGGUCCCGUUCGAGUUUCAAGAUUAUUUCUUCAGAGAGAUGAAAUUGUUAGCAGCACGUCAGUCCAAAGUGUAGAAUGACCAGACUUGUAUGUUUGUGAGAGUUUUAGGGGAUCAGUAGAUGGUGAGCCAAGCCAUGAUCAGUUAGAUAAAAGUAGUGGUUUUACUUUUAUUGUGUUUUGUUUUUCCUAUUCCCCUCAAUGAUCAGUUAGUGGUGUUUUUUUAUGCAAACUGAGGUAAAAUCUCAAACGAGAAGGUGAGUGGUAAACACUCUCCAUAAUCCUCUUGUUACUGUAUGAAGAGACAUCAAGCACAGAAUAGAGGCCACAACUCUCAGAGAGGUGUCACAAUAUAGUUUUUUUGUGGUGAAAUGUGCUUCUGUUCACACAGUGUAUAAAGCUAAAUGUUAUGUUUGGUCUCUAUAUUUUACUUUCAACAAACCAGCAGGUAAAGCAACACUUACAUGUGAAUACUGAAUACCAAAAAUGAUUUCAACAAGCAGUGCCUGUCAUUUUACUGCUAAUUCUUUUUCAUUUAUUUUCUGCCAUUGCCCUUCUCAAGUUCUGAUGUACAUAGUGUUUGUACUCUAAGCUGCUGGAGGUCAUUCUGACUUUGUGUGGGACUGUGUUUAGUGCCUGAGCCCCACUCUCACAUUGGCUUCUGCUCAUAGCUUUCCACACAAACUGUCCCAAUGAGGUCCUACUGUACUCUGUUACAAGGUGAAGGGCACCCACUGGCCAAUGGCAAUGGCCUUUUGCUAUGGAGGUGAAAAGCCAUAAAAACCAAGUGCAGUUAUGGAGAUCUGUUCAUGUUAUUGAUGAUCCAUAUCACAGACUUACUGACAUGUCAACACCAAGAAGCCCCACCCACAAUAGAGGAAAGAACACGGCGACAUUUUAAUGAGGGCUCUUUCUACACAAAUCAAAUAUCUCACUUGAUCUUCAACUGCUUAAUGCCGCAAUCAUGUGCUAGUCAGAACUGGAAAAGCUCUGAAAUGUCUAACUUGCUAACUUAGUUGAAUGCGGCACGUGUAUAAUUACAACCAGUUAGCAAAUCUGAAAUUUCAGAGCUUCCUAGUUCCGACUAGCAUGUGAAUGCUGCAUAAGUCCACUUGGUGCCCCUACCUUUUCUUGACAAUUGGUUUAUUUUCAUAUUUUUCUGGACCUGUACUGUAUGUUGAUUCAUUCUUUAAGCAUGCUGUUUUUCUCAGUGUGAUGAAGUUGGUUGGCUGGAGGAGGGAAGAGAUCAAGAUGUUUCUCAGAGAGCAUUGUAAUGCAGUGUUAAAUUUUAAGAUUUUUUUUCCUUCUCAUUAUUCUUUACAAAUAUUACCAUAGUAGUUAUUCAUUAAUCACUUGCUUGCUGCACAGACAUACACACUUCACACCAGGAAAGAGCAUGUGGACAUUUAGUUCUGACACAUCUGGUGGAAUAGAGCAGAGAACAGAUUCAUAGCACACACGGGUCACUUUGAACUGCUUGUGAUUUUAUUUUCCUUUUUGAAAACUUUAGUACAAAAGAAUCAGCAAAGGUCGGUAAUAACUUGUCUGUUAAUGAUUUGAAAUGACUCUCAUAUAGGAAAACUACAUUUGCCAUGUGUUUUUGAACUGGUGUGGGGGAAAUGUACAGCUUUACCAAUAUUUCAUUAUAACAUUGUAUUCAGCCAUCGCUGUUAGCAAAUGCUCAUAAAUACAUUACUGGAAGUGAGUGUGUUUCCCUAUGCAAAAAAAGUAUACAAAAUAAUAAACAAGCUAUGCUACAACUCA